GAACCAUUCCAGAGCACUGGCAUGCAAAGCUUGCUGUGGUUUCGUACACGAUUGCCCGAGUCGUCGCCAACUUGACUUCUGCAGUUCUCAUUGGAUGUGACGCGUCUGUAUACGUUCCAAUGAUUUGCGAUGGCUUGGUGAGACCAGUGGCUACAGGGUUCGGCGUAUGUGUUUUGCAGCAUCGCUUUGAGCGAUUGUCCGAGCCGUCGCUGAAUCUCUGGACCCCACUGGCCUUAUACUGCCUCGCCUCUUGUCACUGCGAUGUUGCCAUGCUGUUGUGGGCAAAGAACGCGAGAUUUGUCAGAGGAAUGUUACUGUUACUGAUUUCAAUGUACGUUUGGGAAGUUUGUUGCAAUGCCAUACAGCUGCAGAUGACAAACCUCAAGCUGCAUGCGCUAGGCUUGCGGCGAACUGCGCGGGCUUGCCAGGUGCUGACUACGGCAUUGCUUUGUGGGUGGGUUUUAUUUUUUGUCGCGCUGGCUAUCGUAGAACUCUGCAGGGGUAGCAAUUGCAAUAUCGCCAGAUACAUCUAUUCCUGGACGGGUUUGGGUUUCACUCGUCCCUUGCUGGGGCUGCUGCCCGGGAUGGUGUUGCUGCUUCUGCUUCAAUUCCUUGGAUUGUGUGUUGCAGCUGGCAGGGCUUUGAGUCUCGGCUGGCACGAUGCUGGUGUCGGGCAUGCUGCGUGCCUACUUUUUGUCAACUCCAUGUUGCAGCUCCUGGGCCCCGUUAUCAGCGUGCGAGGGGCUAUUGGGUUUGUGGACGGUCACAUUAGUACUGACUCGCCUCAGAACACAGCUGAAGCUGCAGAAUUGAUGUGGCUGACCCUUGACAUCAGCUUUCAGGUGUUGAAUGUGCUGCUGUUGAGUGGCUUGCUCGGACCGGAGCAGUGGCAAAAUCCUAUGGCUGCCUUCGAAAAGCUCGCGAACCUCCAGGGAUUCGGCUUGGCCUCAAAACGCAUCGCCUUCUCUGGGCAGGUGAACGACAACGCCCGUGAUUGCAUCGUGUCCUUUCCUGGGAAGUACAGCGAGGAGUGGGACCAGGCUGUUCAAGUCGCGACGACCCAAGAUGCCUUUUCUCUCGCGUGCGUGUUCCUCACAGACCGGGCGUCCGGAUUGGGCGUACACUGCGACAACCCCAAUGCCCCGGGACAGUGCUGGUGCCGCGCCAUCUACGGGCACCUCCCUCCCUCCACGUACAUAAGCGUGGUCGACAUGCGCCCGGAGAUGCAAGAAUCCCAAGCUCCGAUCGACUUGGAGUUCAAGCGUGCGGAUGCGAAGGCCAUGGGACAAUGCCUCGUCAUCCGAGAGGAGCAGCAUGGCGAGCUUGAUUGGAAGCUGAAGCUCAGUGACGCCGAGGAGGACGCCCGCGCCCGCUGUGCCGCAAAUCGUGGCCGAGCUCCCUGGGGCUGCCGCUGGUUCGAAGACUGGAGGAGGAACGUGCAUAAGGCCGCGGAGCUCAAACAAACUCUUCACGUCUUUUACUUCAGAGGCCUAAAGGGCCAGGGGAAGAUGACGUGGGACGAGCUGCCCUCGGCGGAGGCAAAGGCACGAGUCCGGCAGCAGAGUGGACUUGGUGCCUCACAAACCGCGGAGGUCGCUUACCUGGACAAACAAGGCAUCGCCUACGUGGAACACGACAUCGCUGAGUUCCAGGACUUAGUCUGCCCUCCGAGUCCUUCGCGAUCCGGCGCCGACGCGUCGGCAGUGAAUCCCUGA